AUGGUGGCGAUGAGAGAGCUCGUGGGCGCCGUCGGGAGGAGGCCGAGCCCGGGCUGGUCGGACCUACCGAGCGACCUCCUCGAGUCCGUUCUGGUCCGCCUCCCCGUGACAGACCGCCUCCGUUUCCCCGCCGUCUGCACCGCGUGGCGGUCGGCCGCCGCCGCCAGCGCGGCGCGCGUCCAGGCCGUGGAUGUGCCGUCACCAUGGCUGAUGCUCCCCUCCAACCAGAUUGCACGUGGGCAGAGGCGCGGCGCCGGCGACACGUUGUCGAAGGCGCGGUUCCUGAGCCUGUCCGAGGGCAGGACGUACGACAUCCCGCAGCCGGCCCCGGCCGUCUCCGACCGCCUCUGCGUCGGCUCGUCGCCCGACGGGUGGCUCGUCACCGCCGACGCUGCCUCCGAGCUCCACCUCCUCAACCCGCUCACCGGCGCGCAAGUCCCGCUCCCGCCGCCCGACACGCUCCCAUUUGUCCACGCCAGCCGCGACGCGGGCGGCCGUGUCGUGAGCUACAGCCUACGGUGCUGCUUCGACGAGGAUGAAAACGGAGACGACGACGACGACGCACCCGUGGUCGUCCCGCCGGAGUCCUUUGAGCUGGACAGGCUCCGGUACGAGCUCUACGACAAGGCCAUACUCGUGUCCGCGCCGCGGGAGAGGCAGACCGGCUCUUGGGGCGGCUACGCCGUCAUGCUCAUCUGCCAGCCUCUGUCCCGCCUCGCCAUCGCCCGAGCCGGGGACACGAGGUGGACUCUGCUCGACACGCCCUCGCGCCGCUGGGUGGACGCCGUGCGCGCCUCCUCUGCGGCCGGCGGGCGGCAACUGGUGUACGCGAUGGACUCCGCGGGGCGCGUGGACGCAUUGGAUGUGGAUGUCACGGCGGACGCGACGCCGACGCGGGAGGCGGUCGUGCCGGCAGCGUGCUUCUGCUGUUCGGUGCGCGCGUGUUCCAUGUCGGGGACGUGCAGCAGGUACCUCGUGGAGCUCUCGCCGGGGCGCCUGCUCCAGGUGCACCGGCUCAGGGCGGCUGCGCACGCGCGGUACAGGUGCGAGCCCCGUCCGGAGCGCGUCGAGUACACCACCGUCGACGCCGAGCUCUUCGAGUGGACGACGGACGGUGGCCGGUGGACCCCGGUGGACGGCAAGGACGGAGGCGUCCUGGCCGGGCGCGCGCUGUUCCUGGGGAAGAACGCGUCGCUGUGCGUCGCGGUGGACGGAUGCUGCCGGUCCGAGCUGAAGGGCAACUGCGUGUACUUCACCGACGACGGUCCGUGGUCGCACGACAGGUGCCGCGAGGUGGCGCCGGACGUCGGCGUGCUCGACCUCGCGGACGGCAGCUACACGCCGCCGCGGGCUGCGGCGCGCGACCUGCUCUGGAAAUGGCCGCCGCCGGUCUGGGUCUUCCCGUCGUGCGUGCGCCGACUGAAUUAA